AUGUAUACUUACAGAAGUUUCAGCGCAUUCUAAGCAAGAGAAGUGAUAUAGAUUUAAAAAAGCCACCUAAAUUCAAUGUGCCUACAACUACUGCGGAAGAAACAACCAUUUAACACAAUACAGCAAAAAACUCGAAUAAAUUUCAAAAAACUUGUGUAAGGACAUUCAAGUAUCAACAACAAUGUAUCAAGUAAUCCGUUUUCUAUUUUUCUGUUUGCUUGGCUUGGGAUUUUUGAAACUAUCGCCGGCUCAAGUAACACAAGAAUAUACAGGCGAAAGCUUACGUUCACUAAUUUUUGCCGUCAAUCAAUUAGACAAUAAAUUCGAGCGUCAUGAACAUCGCGAAAGAGCGCUUGGUGAAGUAAUUAAGAAAUCUCUAACGUCGCUACAAAGGGGACAACUGAACCUGGAACGACUAUAUGGUACACAGUCACAUUUCGAUCAGCGUUUUAGCGAAACUGACUUUCACUUAAAAGCGCAAGAAGAACGAUUAAGAAACCGCAUUGAGACAUUCUUUACGGAACAAGACAAAACAAAUCAACGGCUACUCGAGCAAUUGACGAAAUUGUCUUUGAAUGUGGAGAAAUUGUUAGAUAACUCCAAUGACUUGAGAAAGCCAAGCAACAAAGAGUCUUACAGUAUCGAUUGGUAUGAAAGGCAAAAAUCACCGCCAUAUAUUCACUUAAAUGAUAAAAGGAAAUCAAAUGAAGAGCUUUACAGCAGCAUUAACUACAACCUGUCAAGGCCAAUUUACAGUAGCCUUAACUACAGCCUGUCAAGGCCAACCGCGCAACAGCUGCUGAAGUACCCCGGGUUCGAUAGCAACGUGCUUGUGAAAUCCGACGAGCCUGCGUCACAAAGUCAACAGCCUUGUGCGCAACCGACAUCACAAAACGGUCUCACAGAUGCCGUCAAGAUAUUUUUACACGAGUUGACUAACGAAACGCAUAACCUUCUUCAUGAUGUCAACACCAAUGUGCAAAAUAUGGUACAGAAAUCACAAACUGAAGUCAUGUCGCGUCUUCAAGAAAUCGAGCAGAGUUUACAUACUGAUGCUGAGGAAAUUACGAAAAAACUCAACAUCCACGAAAUUUCAUUGCAGGAAUUCCAUAGCGAAAUGAUUAACACUUACAAUAAGGUAAAUGAUAGUUUUGAAACUUUAAGUAGGUGCAAUAGCGUCUCAAAGCCACGCAGACAAGUCAUGGAUACGGAGGCAAGCGCCAGCGAUUUAGUAACUGAUAAACAACCAGAGCAAAUGCAAUUGCUUGAUUUGCUGAAGACACAUUUCGACACAAUUCACCAAAACAUGACAAACAUUCAACUUGAAAUGGCGAACAAUCUCAGCGCCACCAUUAAAAAUGAAAUUAGUUUUUUGUGGCGUCAAAUUUCCAUUACGAAUGGCGAGAUCAACGACAGCAGAGAUUUACUACGACUAAUGCGCGAUCGGAAUGAAAUCUUCGUCAACAGUAUUUUACAAAGCAUAGCUGCUAUCAGCUUAAAAGUGGUGGAUAUCAAAGAACGUGUAAUGGACAUGAGUGACUAUCAACAUUAUUUGUCGCACAAAUUACCAUUAUUGCCCCAAGAAUUUGCCGACAUGCAACAAGCAUUCAUCGGUUGGCUAGAACAGCUAAGUGAGACCAUCAAAAUAGUGCAAGAAACGAAGAACGGUUGGGCAUCGAAAAUUCUUUGGAAAUGAAAUAACUUCGUAUUCGUUUCGAAACUAGUAGCUUAAUAUAAUCAUAGAGUUAAACGAA